UUGGGUGUCACUCCGAUGCUAUUGUUCAUUGUAACGCAGUCACUCUGGCCGUCCCAGGAAUCCAAUCCCAACUCACUGGGCACAGGUGAAGACAAGAGAGUUCUGCUCCGUCGAAGAAAGCUUCAACAUUUCCAUCUGACCAUUUUUAACAAGAAGACUGCGAGAGAAGAAGAGAUAGUUUUUGUUAUUUAGCUCUUGUGCCAUUCGCGUUCUACCCCCGACCAGAUGGUGUCCAAGGCUUCCCCAAACCACAGCACCCCGUCUGAUUUAAAUGGGAACUUUGCUUACGGAGAAAACCACAUAACUGAUCAACAACGUUUUAACAAUGCUGGCAGAAAGAAAAGUAAAGUUCGUCUCAAUGACCAACUCAUACCAAAACCAACUAAUAUCAAUAUAGCGGAGAACAUGAUAAAUAUAGGAACUCCAAAACAGCAUCCCUAUUUAUCCCACAUCUCCAAGUUUGCAAUGUUCCCAUCCUUCCGCUCCCCAGAUGACCAUGAAACAGGAGUCGCACACAACAUCACCGUGCUGAGGAAAACUAAAGGUGGUCCAUACAGACAUGAGGUCUUAGAGACGCCCAUGAAAACCAGGACAAAAGCUGUUACGUGGACUGGAGAACACAGAUCCUUAGAUCCGUUGAAAGAAGAAAAUCAGGUUUUCCACCCCACUGCUCCAAAGACGUUGCUGCCCAACCCUAUAACUCGUGCCUGGGAUUUGUCAUUUUCUGAGCGGAAAAGCAACAUGCUGAAGAAUUUGGAGCGAUCACACUGGGUCACCUCCUACCAAAUGCACCACACAGGUAAAGAAGCCCAAACAUAUCUUACUGUUAGUGCAGUGCAAUAGUUAUUGGAAUGGAGAGUGGGUCUGAAUCUAUUUUUUUCAUUUGGAGAGAGGACUACAGCUCCCUGUACCAUUAAGAGCUUUGGCACACACAAAACCUUCUGUCCCUUCUGCAGGGACAGACUGAAAUAAAAUAGAAAUCAACCCCUGCUUUCCCAAAAAUUGAUUUCGUAUAAAUCCCUUCAACAUAAGAAACAAUACCUAUGG